AAUCUUCAAGGCUUGAACUUUAAAAACGAAAGAGGAAGUUAAUUGCUGAAUAUUUUAAGUUCAUAUUAUAUUUAUAUAUGUAGGUGACACUGUUAAAGAAUUAUAUCAUUGAAUGUUGUGACAGCAAAUAUGUAGGUGUUUCCAUGUUAUUACAUAUGUAUGUAUUAAGGUGCAAUGGCCGAGUCUAUGUCACAGGAUAUCAGUACAAAUACUCGGUUAUUUUUAGCCGCCAUAGAUUUAGGUACGACAUACAGUGGCUGGGCAUAUUCUACUCGUAAUGAGCCUAACAAGGUACAUGCAAAUCAAGUAUGGUUCGCUGGCAGUGCUUCUCUAGGAUCGCUUAAAACACCAUCAUGUGUUCUCCUUACACCAAACAAAGAGUUUAAAAGUUUUGGUUAUGAAGCAGAAACAAUGUUUGCAACACUCGCAGAAAAGAAACAACAUAGCGGAUGGUUUUUCUUCCAAAGAUUUAAAAUGGCAUUGUUUGAUGACCGAAAACUGACCCGUUUUACAACAAUUGAAGAUGUAUCAGGAAAGAAAAUGCCAGCAUUGGUAAUAUUUGCUCAUGCUAUAAGAUAUCUGAAGGAAAGUUUUAUGGCAACUGUUCGAAAUAGAGUCACCAACGUGAAGGACACAGAUGUAAAUUACGUCUUGACAGUUCCAGCCAUUUGGAAUGACAUGGCUAAAACUUUUAUGCGAGAAGCCGCUAAACAGGCUGGUAUACCUAAUAAUCAACUAACAAUAGCACUCGAACCUGAGGCUGCAUCCAUCUGGUGCCAAGGAAUUCACACAGAGGUUCGCCGUGAACUCGAUAAUGCCAUACUUGGUAUUUCUUCCGUUGGUACUAGAUACAUGAUUGUUGAUUUAGGAGGUGGAACGGCAGAUAUAACCGUACAUGAAAAAAGACCAAACAACACUCUUUUAGAGAUACAUAGACCUACCGGUGGUGCUUGGGGAGGAACUGAGGUGGACAAGAAUUUCAUUCAACUCCUUGAAAAUAUAUUGGGUCCGCACCUUUGGAAAAAAUAUGAACAAAAGGAAGUUGAAGAUAUACUAGAAAUAAACAGAGAUUUUGAAACGAAGAAAAGAAAUAUAAGGACAAUCAAUGAAAGACAUAUUACCAUCAAAGCCCCUUCAAGCCUUAAAGAAGCUUAUGAACAAAGUGGUAAAAGGUCUCUUUCAGAUGUGGAAGUUCAAUUUGAUAAAAAGAUUGAAUGGAAAAGAGAUAAAUUAAAAAUCGAUUCGGCAAUCUUGACGAGAUGUUUCGAGGAACCCAUAAAUAAAGUCAUUUUACACAUUAAAAGCAUUUUGUCAGAAAAAGACAUGAUAAAUGUUACCAAAAUCAUGCUUGUCGGUGGCUUUGCCGAAAGUCCUUUCGUACAGGAGACGUUUAGAAAUACCUUUGUUGAUAAGCAGAUUAUUAUCCCACCAGAAUGCGGAUUGGCCGUUCUGAAGGGAGCUGUUCUGUUUGGACAAAAUCCAUGUAUAGUUACAUCAAGAAUUGCUCGCUAUACAUAUGGUCUUGAAAUUGCUGCUCCAUUUAAUCAAACCAAGCAUUCUUGUAAAAAAUUAGUAAAUACAGAUGCCGGGCCAUUAUGCCGGGAUUUGUUUUGGAAGGCAGUAGGCAUUGGUCAAGAAAUUGUGAAUGGGCAUGAAGUGUCAAGAAUCGGAAAAGCUGUUGAUGAUUACCAGCCAAAAAUUGUCCUUAAAGUUGUAAAAUCAAAGCAACAAGAUCCGAUAUACACUACUGAUAGGGACUGUGAAGUAAUUGGACAAGUUGAAGUUCCAAUGGAUUGUACGUUAAAGGCUGAUGAGAAUGCCGUUGAUGAAAUAUUUAUAUUUGGUGGGACAGAACUCAUAUUAAAAACCCGCCACAGGAAAACAGGCUCAAUACAAACACUCAGUUUUGAUCUUUAAUUUCUCUCAAACAAGUGUUAUGUUAUUAACGUUGCAUUUAACUUAAAAUUAAGUUGUAUUUGAAUGGCUACACCAUUUGAAAAAUGGGUUUAUUUACAUAGAAGUAUUACAAUCAAUGCAAAUUUUGUUAAAUAGCUAUAACAAGACAACAACCUUCCGGUGUUGCUUUUUUAACAUACUAACUAUACACUUUACGUGGUUUAGUUUUGAAAUAGUGAACAAGUUUCAGUAUUUAUCAAAAUAAUCAUUGCGUUUAUUGAUUUUAUGAUUCUCUACAUUUCAAUCAUAGACAUUAAUUGCUAUCAAGUAUUACAUUUAUGUUGGUUUGCCCACGA